AUGCAGUUCUCUCAGCUCAUGUCCCUCUUUGGUGCUGCUGCCCUUGUGGCCGCCACCAACACGGUCACUUUCGUCUCUCUCGACAAUACCGACCGCACCAUCUACUUCACUCCCAACGCUGGUUGCGCCGAGGUCGCCUCCGUUGAGGUUCCCGCCGGCCAGUCCAUCAAGUCCGAGAUCCCCCAAUCCUGGAUCGGCAACUGGUACUCCGUGUCUGCCGGCGCUGACAACAACCCCGGUAUGCUCGGCGAGGUCGCCUUCCAGGGCUGGAACGACCUCACUUACUUUGACGUCUCGGCCAUUGUUACCCCCGGCGACCACGAUGGUGUCCACGAGAUGUGGCCUGCUCAGGGGCACACCCCCACCUCGGGCUGCGUUGAGUUCCCCUGCAACAACGCCUACUACCUCUGGGACGACGUGCAGACCAAGACGACUCCCGAGACCGACCUCAUCUGCACCCUCGGCACCAGUGCCAGCCCUCUCAACGCUGGCGAGGAUGUUCCUGCCGUCAAGCGCGACUUCGUCCUCGGCAAAUUCUAA